AUGGAAAGAAAUUACAAAUUGCCGAAAGAGGGAGGGCUGGAGCCGGGGGCAGAUCCUGCCGACAUCAUCCGAAAAUUCGAAAAAAUCUACACGAACAUUUACGAGAACGAAGCGAGCGGAGCCAUGUACGUGGCUCGGGAGAUCGCCGGCUGCAUCCGCGAGAAACAGUCGGCCGGAGAGAUGUGCGUACUGGGCAUGACGACCGGGAAAUCGCCGGUGGGCCUGUUCCGCGCGCUGGUCGAACUGCAUAAAAAAGAGGGGCUCAGUUUUCACAACGUAGUCAUAUUCAGCCUCGACGAAUUCUUCCCGAUCUCGCCGAAGGAGUUGCAGAGCCGCAAUUACUCGAUGCACGAGAGUCUGCUUGAUCACAUCGACAUCAAACCCGAGAACAUCCAUAUCCCGGACGGGACGCUGCCGCAGGACAAAGUCGAAACGUUCUGCCGCGACUACGAAGCGCUGAUCGAGCAGUACGACGGCAUCGACCUGAUGGUGCUCGGUACCGGCGUACAGGGGCAGAUCGGGUUCAACGAACCGGGCACCUACACCAAUACGCGGACGCGGCUGGUCGCCCUCGGCAACGAAAGCCGCAAGGCCGCCGCAUCGAUCUUCUACGGCAUCAACUACGUACCGCACAAGGCGAUCACGAUGGGACUGCGAACGAUCCUCGACGCCAAACGCAUCAUCCUGAUCGCGUGGGCGAAGAAAAAGCGAGCACCAGAACAUGGAAGUCGUGGUCGACGAAGGCGCCGCCUCGCAACUGACCCGUAUCCGCACGCCGUGGCUGGUCGGACGCUGCCUGUGGCCGAAACGUUUUAUCCGCACGGCCGUGCUGUGGCUGACUAUGUGGAUAACCGUCUCGGCCAGUUGCUCGAAAUCUCCGGCAUGGCCUACGACGAGAUCAAUAUCCAGGUAUUCAACGACCUGCAACACACGAUCACCGGAUGGCCCGGCGGCAAGCCGAACGCCGACGAUUCGACGCGUCCCGAACGCGCGCAGCCGUUCCCCAAACGCGUGCUGAUCUUCAGCCCGCAUCCGGACGACGACGUGAUCUCGAUGGGCGGCACGUUCCGCCGGCUGAUCACUCAGGGACACGACGUCCACGUAGCUUACGAAACGUCCGGCAACAUCGCCGUGCACGACGACGUGGUGCUGCAAACGAUCGACACCGCCCGCGAAUGCGGUUUCGAAGACAAAUACGACGAAGUGAAAGCGAUCAUCGCCGCUGAAAGGCUCGAUCCGCCGCGCCGAAGCGAAGGCGGCCUGCCGGCACAUGGGGCUGAACGACCGGACAAAUGUCCACUUCCUGAACCUGCCGUUCUACGAAACGGGAGGCGUCAAAAAGGGACUGCUGACCGAGAACGACAUUUCGCGCGUCGUAAAUUAUUGCAGGAACUCAAGCCCGACCAAAUCUAUGCCGCCGGCGACCUGUCCGACCCGCACGGAACGCACCGCACCUGCAUCGAAGCGGUCAUCGAGGCGAUGUACCAGAUACAGAACGAACCCUGGGUGAAAGAUUGCCGGUUCUGGCUCUACCGGGGCGCAUGGCAGGAGUGGGAUCUGGACAUGGUCGACAUGGCCGUGCCGCUCAGCCCGGACGAGGUGGUGCAGAAACGCCACGCCAUCUACCGCCACCUGUCGCAGAAGGACGUGAUGCCGUUCCCCGGCGAAGACAAGCGCGAAUUUUGGCAGCGCGCCGAAGAACGUACGCAGAAUACCGCCCGGAUGUACGACAAGCUGGGAAUGGCCGAAUAUCAAGCGAUCGAAGUAUUUGUCAGACUGGACCUUUUCAAACUAUAA